CGGGGCUGGCUCGGCUCGGCUCGGCACGGGGGGAGCGGAGCGGAGCGGUGGCCACCGGGGGCUGCGGCCGGGUCCCUGGGUGCCGCGGUGCAGGAUGGAGCCCGCGGCCGUGCUGCUGGCCCUGCUCCCCACGGCGGCCACACAGCCCACCCUGCAGCCCACCCCGCCCCCGGGCUGCGGCCACGGCCUCUCCUCCCUCUACUACAACCUCUGCGACCUCUCGGCGGGCUGGGGCAUCGCGGUGGAGGCGGUGGCCAGUCUCGGCGUGGUGACCACCUUCGUGCUCACCAUCGUGCUGGUGGCCAGCCUGCCCUUCGUGCAGGACCCCCAGAAGAAGAGCCUGGUGGCCACGCAGGUCUUCUUCCUCCUGGGCACCUUCGGGUUGUUCUGCCUGACCUUUGACUUCGUCGUGGGGCCGGAUUUCUCCACCUGCACCUCCCGCCGCUUCCUCUUCGGUGUCCUCUUCGGGAUCUGCUUCUCCUGCCUGCUGGCGCACGCCAUGGCCCUCAACUUCCUGGCGCGGCGGAACCGCGCGCCGCGGGGCUGGGUGACGCUGGCGGUGGCCCUGUCCCUCGCCUCGGUGGAGGUCAUCAUCAACACCGAGUGGCUGCUCAUCACGGUGGCGCGGCAGGAGGGCCCCCCGGACCCCUGCCAGCUGGCGGACGCCGACUUCGUCAUGGCGCUCAUCUACGUCAUGUUCCUGCUGGUGGCCACCUUCGGCGCGGCCUGGCCGGCCCUCUGCGGCCGCUACGGCCGCUGGCACAAGCACGGCGCCUUCAUCCUGGCCACCACCGGCCUCUCCGUGGCCAUCUGGUUGGCGUGGACCGUCAUGUACCUCUACGGGAACCGGCGCGCCGGCCACAAGCCCGGCUGGGAUGACCCCACGUUGGCCAUCGCGCUGGUCAGCAACGCCUGCGCCUUCCUCCUGCUCUACGUCAUCCCCGAGGUGACGCACGUGACGCGGCGCAGCCCCGAGCAGGCCUUUGAGGACGACGGCUACCCCACGCGCGGGGUGGGCUACGAGACCAUCCUGAAGGAGCAGAAGUCCCAGAGCAUGUUCGUGGAGAACAAAGCCUUCUCCAUGGACGAGCCCUCCUUCGCCAAGAAACCGGUGUCCCCGUACAGCGGCUACAACGGGCAGCUGCUCACCAGCGUGUACCAGCCCACCGAGAUGGCUCUGAUGCACAAGGGCAUGAGUGAAGGUCCCUAUGAUGUGAUCCUACCCCGCGCCUCCACCAGCCCGGCACCCGGCAGUGCCAGCUCCACGCUCCGAGCCGAGGACGCCUUCGCGGCACAGGCCCGGCACAUCGACCCCCGGGACACCCGGAGCUUCCAGGUGCAGUCCCCGUACAGCAGGAACCGGUGGUGAAGCCCCCGUGGCACAGGUCCUGCAGCCCUGGCACAGCCGCCACCCCUCCGUCCUGCUCCCGAGGUCUCGCCAAGCCUCAUCCUGCCCUGACACGUGAAUCCCACCCCGGCCAGCAGCCAGAGCCAGUUCCUGCCAACGGGAUGCCCGGAUACGGCCCCAGAGCCAGCGCUCCCACCUGCCCGUCCCACCUGGCCAUGGCACCCGCAAGCCGCCCGCUCUGCCCGGACCCCACGGCCUGCCUCAAGGACUGGCUCCCAUGGGGACACCCCAAGUUGUCCCCCCACUGCCUUUGUGACGCACAGACACCCCGUCCCCCCCAGGCCAUGGACCCUCUGAAGCCGGGGAGCCAGUGGGACCCCCACCCAGGGCACCCCCGGCACCAAGCCCCCAGCUCCACGGUGACCCCACCAGCCCUGGGGACCCUGAGCUGGUCUGGCCCCCUCCCACCACGGGGUGUGAGGGGACACAAAGCUGUCCCCAGCUCUGCCUCCUGCCCUGCCUCAGUGUCCCCACUGCUGGGGAAGGGAGGCUGCUGGGGGCCCAGGGGAUCAGUGCCUUGCUGGGGCCCCACAGUCCCAGCCGCCUCCUUGGUGCCUUCCCCCCUCAGGGCUCGGGGACCCUUCUGGGUUGUGGGGAGGGGGCUGGGCCCCUCGCCCUCCCUGUGGCUUUCUCUGUCAUUUUUCCUCUCCCCCGUUUUUUUUCAGGUCACCCCAAUAAAGGUGGUUUUUCCUACA